AUGGCGAACACCCAAGCGGAGCAGCCGCGGAGCCGGACUCGACCGCCGCCGAGAGUUGCUCUCACCGUGGAGCCUCCGGUGGCAGGCAGGAAAGAACGGACGAAACCCCAGCGAGAUUUGAUGGGAUGGUUGGAGCCCUUCCGCGAUGAGACCCACAGCGGCGGCAUUACUAAGGGUCCAAGCCGCCCUUCCUCCGGAUCCGACAUGACGUUUUGGCGCCGGCCAUUCUUCAGCGACGCCAUUCACGGCACGGCAGAGCUUUGUGCCUCGGUCCCAAUGGCCGCUUGCAGGACCAAUCGGAAGCGGGCGUGA